AUGGGAUCUCCCCUUGGUCCCCUAAUGGCAAACACGUUUAUGUGUCACCUAGAAGACAAGCUAAAACGUUAUGGUAUGAUUCCAGAAUUUUACAAAAGAUUUGUAGAUGAUGCUUUUUCCAAAAUGCCAAACGCUGCUGCCGCAACGGUUUUUCUUGAAAAGCUAAAUGAUUUACAUCCAAACCUCUGUUUUACCAUGGAGCUACCUGUUGAAAACAAAAUUCCAUUCGUUGGCAUGGAGAUAAGCAGAGAUGGAUCGAAAGUUAAAACCCAAGUGUAUCGAAAAUCUACCAACACUGAUUUACUUUUACACUUCAAUAGUUAUACAGAUAAACGUUACAAAGAAGGCCUUCUUAAAACAAUGGUACAUCGCGCAUAUGCUCUUUCUUCUAGCAGAGAAGCCCUUCUUCAUCAAGAAUGUUCGCGAUUGCGUUCUAUUUUCAUCCACUUUGAUUAUCCUACUGGUCUCAUUGACUCUACUAUCCAAAAGGUUAUAAUUAAGGAUUCAUCAUGCCAAAUAACGAGACACGGAAUCGAGAUACAGAU